AAGAAGAGGUAACCCCAUCUCCCCCCAGUUAACUACCCCCCCCCCCCUCCCCAUCGUCUUGGGGCACCACCAGUGCCCACCUCCAGCUUAGUAGCCUCAGAGUUCCACACAGACCCACAACGACCAGUCGUGACUUUUCAAGCUUUGGAUACAAGCUCCGCCGUCAGGAAAGAUGAGAAGCGCAUGGUUAUGGAUGGUGGCGGGGGCUUGGAUGGGCCUCCUAGGAAUAUCCUUCGUCACCCGCCCCACUGACGCCUACGUCACCGCCUUCCCUGACGAACCUGAUAUUGAUGGUAUCUUAGUGACCGUGGGCAUUGCUGUGACCAAGUUCCUAGCAGGUCUAGUGCCUUACCCCACUGUAUCAGCCUUGCUCCUAGCCAUCAUCAAUGCCUGGGAGCCUAGGCCUGAGGACAACUACUGGGAACACGUGAAGGACAACGUGGCUCAAGUGUGUGGUGAAUUCAUCAACGAGCACAACCUUCACCAGGUCGAGGUCUACAAGCAGGACCUCAUGUCACUCAUGAACCAGUACUCUCGGGCGGAGGUAGUCAGUGACGGAACAUACCCGGACAAGAACACAAUGGCCGACGCCAUCACAACCUCCAUCAUCACCAACCGCUACCUGGUGGAGGCCUCAGAGAUGCCUUGGUCCAUGGCCAUCGACUUUACAGACAUAUCCAGCGUCCAUAUCCUCAUCCUGAAGGAUGCCGCUGACUCCUACACAGUAGUGGGGGGCGAGGUGUCCCGCUGGUGGGUGGACCUCUCAAGGCAGCUCCAGCACUACAUCCAGUACGGCCUCUGGCUACAGAAGGAGACGAUGACCUGGAGGAAUACUCAGAUCGAGUGCUACUUCGAUGCGGCUGAUGGAAGCUGUCUGGCCUUCGAGUGGACGGGCGUGACCUGCUACGACCUUUACAGGAUAACGGACUCAGUACGAGGCUACCAGGAGACCUGCCAGCAGCUCCAUGCAGACAACCAGGAGGACGGGUCGUGUGCCAGCUUCUGCGACCUCUACCAGACCCAGGUCGACCGCGACUCUGCCCUGUGGCUCAACGCUUAUCUUGACGCCGUGGUUGAUGAGUGGUCCUUCCUCAAGCUUAAAGCUGAUGCCCUCGCUAACCAGGCCUCCAGGUAUUACAACCCACUGACGAAAGAUGCGUAGGGAGGAUGGGGCACACCUGUGACGACCAGGUGUUUCAGGUUUCCCCUCCCCUACACCUGCGGCCUGGCCAGGUGUGUCAGGUAUACUUCCCCUCACCACACAUGAAUUGAAGCCUCGCCAUCGUUUGCCUAAAAUACUUUUUUCUUUGAAAUAAAGUUGAAAUUUGAA